AUGCAGGACCAUGCGAAAAUUUGAGCAGAGCAAAUGGCAUUAACGCGGAAUAUUGCAUUUGCAAAGAAUUCGAAGAAAUUAAGAAGAAAUUUCCAAUAUUAUUUCAAUAAUUCAUAUUUACGAAAAAGCAAAUAUAAUAGAACUAAAAUACAUAUAAAAUUAAAAAAUUCAGAUAUAGUCAUUUGAGGAGGUAAUAAAAUCACUGGUGAAAGCUUAUAA